GUCUGGCCUUGACGUUGUGCCGCUCGCCGCGGGGUUUAUUUGGCUCCGGGUCCCUCGGCCGCCGCCAUUAGGGGUCCGCAGCGCCCGCGGCCGCCCCCAGUACCUCGCUGCCCCCGCCCCCCGGGGCUCCCCAGUCUCAGCGUCUCCUUUCUGCUCCUCUCCCCCCGCCUCCAGCAGCCGGGAGCCGCGCGCAGGCCCGCGGAGACCAUGUCCUGACUGAGGGGAGAGGGCGGAGGCGGCAGCAGCGGGGCGGGCGGCGGCGCGGAGGGAGGCGGAGAGGGGCCGGGCUCGACUCGUCGCCGCGGGUUGCGCGGGGAGUCGCCGCCGCCGCCGCCGCCGCUACCGCCGCCGCCGCCGCCGCCGCCGCCGAGCGCCUGUCGGACGGGAAGGAGGAGCAGGAGCUGGAGGAGGAGCCGCCGCCGCCAGCUUCCUGCCUGACACAACUCACUUCAAGGAGUGCACAAUGUCAGAACGUGGAAUUAAGUGGGCUUGUGAAUAUUGUACGUAUGAAAACUGGCCAUCUGCAAUCAAGUGUACUAUGUGUCGUGCCCAAAGACCUAGUGGAACAAUUAUUACAGAAGAUCCAUUUAAAAGUGGUUCAAGUGAUGUUGGUAGAGAUUGGGAUCCUUCCAGCACCGAAGGAGGAAGUAGUCCUUUGAUAUGUCCAGACUCGAGUGCAAGACCAAGGGUUAAAUCUUCAUAUAGCAUGGAAAAUGCAAAUAAAUGGUCAUGCCACAUGUGUACAUAUUUGAACUGGCCAAGAGCAAUCAGAUGUACCCAGUGCUUAUCCCAGCGUAGGACCAGGAGUCCUACAGAAUCUCCUCAGUCCUCAGGAUCUGGCUCAAGACCAGUUGCUUUUUCUGUUGAUCCUUGUGAGGAAUACAAUGAUAGAAAUAAAUUGAACACUAGGACACAGCAUUGGACUUGCUCUGUUUGCACAUAUGAAAACUGGGCCAAGGCUAAAAGAUGUGUUGUUUGUGAUCAUCCCAGACCUAAUAACAUUGAAGCAAUAGAAUUGGCAGAGACUGAAGAGGCUUCUUCAAUAAUAAAUGAGCAAGACAGAGCUCGAUGGAGGGGAAGUUGCAGUAGUGGUAAUAGCCAAAGGAGAUCACCUCCUGCUACGAAGCGGGACUCUGAAGUGAAAAUGGAUUUUCAGAGGAUUGAAUUGGCUGGUGCUGUUGGCAGCAAGGAGGAACUUGAAGUAGACUUCAAAAAAUUAAAGCAAAUUAAAAACAGGAUGAAAAAGACUGAUUGGCUAUUUCUCAAUGCUUGUGUGGGGGUUGUAGAAGGUGAUUUAGCUGCCAUAGAAGCAUACAAGUCAUCAGGAGGAGACAUUGCACGCCAGCUCACCGCAGAUGAAGUACGCUUGCUGAACCGUCCUUCGGCCUUUGACGUUGGCUAUACUCUUGUACACUUGGCUAUACGUUUUCAGAGGCAGGAUAUGCUAGCAAUAUUGCUUACAGAGGUAUCUCAACAAGCAGCAAAGUGUAUUCCAGCAAUGGUGUGUCCUGAACUGACAGAACAAAUCCGGAGAGAGAUCGCUGCCUCUCUUCAUCAGAGAAAGGGGGAUUUUGCUUGCUAUUUUCUGACUGACCUUGUAACAUUUACGUUGCCAGCAGAUAUUGAAGAUUUGCCUCCAACAGUCCAAGAAAAAUUAUUCGAUGAGGUGCUUGAUAGAGACGUUCAAAAAGAAUUGGAAGAAGAAUCUCCAAUUAUUAAUUGGUCCUUGGAAUUGGCUACACGUUUGGACAGUCGACUAUAUGCACUUUGGAACCGGACUGCAGGAGACUGCCUACUUGAUUCGGUACUACAAGCUACCUGGGGCAUUUACGACAAGGACUCGGUGCUUCGGAAAGCCCUGCAUGACAGCCUGCAUGACUGUUCACAUUGGUUUUAUACACGCUGGAAAGAUUGGGAAUCAUGGUAUUCUCAGAGCUUUGGUUUACAUUUUUCCUUGAGAGAAGAACAGUGGCAAGAAGACUGGGCAUUUAUACUCUCUCUUGCUAGUCAGCCUGGAGCAAGCUUGGAGCAGACACACAUUUUUGUACUGGCACAUAUUCUUAGACGACCAAUUAUAGUUUAUGGAGUAAAAUAUUAUAAGAGUUUCCGGGGAGAAACUUUAGGAUAUACUCGGUUUCAAGGUGUUUAUCUGCCUUUGUUGUGGGAACAGAGUUUUUGCUGGAAAAGUCCGAUUGCUCUGGGGUAUACGAGGGGCCACUUUUCUGCUUUGGUUGCCAUGGAAAAUGACGGUUAUGGCAACCGAGGUGCUGGUGCUAAUCUGAAUACUGAUGAUGAUGUCACCAUCACAUUUUUGCCUCUGGUUGACAGUGAAAGGAAGCUACUCCAUGUGCACUUUCUUUCUGCUCAGGAGCUAGGUAACGAGGAACAGCAAGAAAAACUGCUCAGGGAGUGGCUGGACUGCUGUGUGACAGAGGGGGGAGUUCUGGUUGCCAUGCAAAAGAGCUCUCGGCGGCGAAAUCACCCCCUGGUUACUCAAAUGGUAGAAAAAUGGCUUGACCGAUACCGACAGAUCCGGCCCUGUACAUCCCUGUCUGAUGGAGAGGAAGAUGAGGAUGACGAAGAUGAAUGAGAAGAAAAAAAAAGCAGCUGAUCAAGGCAUCGGAUCUGUAAUGACCCUAAACUUAGUGUGGUGCUCCAAGCAGAGUCUACAUCAUGGACUGAACCAGAUCGGGCAGAAUCUGCUCGGAAGUGUUUUCCUGGACCACACGCACCGAAUGGAGAGAACGCCUCUGCUGCUUGAAGGGACAGAGAACUUUGGUUGGACUAGUUUGUAAAAAAAAAAAAAAAAACUAAUUUUAUUAUUAAGACAGAACUUUUUGUCCUUUCAAAUUGUAAAUCUGUCUAUAAAUGUAACGCAUGUGGUUGUGAAAGAAAUUGUGUAAUAGGAAAAGUCGUACCAGCAUCUUCAUAUUGAGAAAUUUUUUUCCAGCAUGGGCACUUAGAAAAAGCACAUGGCAGAUGACUCUUUGUUCCUCUGAGAUAUUAUUUCAAUAGAACCUGGCAUUCUACUUUCACCUUAAAAGAUCCAUCUAAUGUUAAGUCUCAGAGAUCUGGAAAUGUUUUGUAUAAAUUAUCCACAGCAAAACAUAAAAAUAAGCUUUUAAUAAUUUAGUUCCUCUUGUGCCCAAUAAAAUCAAAUCUUUUAGGAACAAACCGCAAGAAAAGAUAAGAAUGUUUUAGAGUGAACUAAAUAGACAUCGUUUAUUUGUUUUGAAGAGGGUUUUGGUUUUGGUUAUUGUGUCUUUAAGUUUUCUGAUAUGCCCCCUUUCAAUAUGUAGAUAUUUAUUUGUUUGGAAGAAUACCUUAAAAUGAGGGUUCUAAUUCCAGAGUAGCAUUUUCCUGGAUGAAAAGGGAGUAGCAAGCCCACUUGUGACUAAAUGAAUUGUGUGAAAUUUGCUCACUUGGACUCCAGCAGCAGUGUGCUAACUCCCAAAUUGCCAGGCCAAAGGGUCUUUGGAUUCUUCCUUUUAUCACCUCUGCUCUAAGCAAAUUUUGUUAGAAGGGCAUGCCUUAGCUUAGGCAGAUUGGGAAUACCAAUUCACUACAGAAUUUUAAAAUUGCAAUAAGGUGGUAAAUGCAUUGUAUGAAGAAUUUCUCAGUGUAUAGUCUGAGAACUUUUGCAUGUUGAAUUGUGGCCAUUCUUAUUUAAAAUUAAAACUAUAAUCUUAGGUAGAAAAAUUUUUAUAAGGAGUAUUAUUUGACCACUUCAGGUAUACAUUCAAUACUGGGUAAAAAUUUCAGACCUAUCUCAGGAACACAGAAAUACUUGGUGUCCUGAUAAGCACUUUCCAGACGAUUGAUGUGGCCAGGAAUUUGGAAAGAAGACAUACUCACAUGUAUUUUUUUUCUUCCCUGUGAUGAAAAGGCUGUGAAAACCUUAAAGUAUUUGCUCGCUUCUUGUUUUGUUUAGUUGAUAAUGAAAUGUGUACAACCUCAAAUUUGCUGCCAGAAUGAUACUAAAAAUAGAAAAAUGCCCACGAAACUAUCAUGUCUUUAGUUCUUCUCCCCUCUGAAAACUCAGUAAAGAGGUGUUCCCAGGAUGAAAAGAUCAUUUUUGCUGCAUGCUAAAUCUUGCAAGAAAAAAUUAUUUUUGUAGUAUGAUUCCCUAUAAAUGAAUUUUUGAUAUAAUGUAAAUGUUACCGUUUCAAGUGGUUAAUGUUUUCUUAAAAAUUGACUAUAUGGUUUCUUUUGCUUUCAUUUUGGUCAAUAAUUAGUUAAUCGAGGUUUUAGAAAAUGUUAGCACUCCAAUUACAUAGCAUCUGUAGUAACUUUAUGUAUAGGGAUAAUUGUUUAGUGGGCAGAGAUCCUGUUCUAGUUGCCUGUUAAGCAAAAUCUGCCCUCCCAAUUGAAGAAGCCAAAGAGAAUUGUUAAGAGGGAAAAGCAUGUAGCCACUGCAGUCUGCACUGCAGCCAGCAUUGUCCAGAGAGCACACGCUCAGUAUGUAGCUUCUACCGUGUGUUGUGGUGAGUGGUGUUUCCCCUGAGCGCUCUAUUUAUUUAUUUAUUUAUUAUCUAUAACCCUGACCUCAUAGUGUGAUAGGUGCAUCUUUCUUCCCUGUGGGAAAGAAUUAUAGAUGGUUCCAUUUCCUAGGCUACCGACAGGAAUGGGACUUUAAAUGGUUUUCAUAGAUUGGCUAUUAAAGGCCAAAAUUUUUGGUAAAUCAAUGCUAUAUUAUGCUCUUAAACUAUUAAAGAGCCAUAAUUAUUGUCCCAAGAUAGAAUAUAGUCCUUUUCAAAGAUUAUACGUGGCUAGGUGACAGACAUAAACGUCUUGAUUGAGUGGAUAGUAAUACCUUAACUCUAUGAACUUUGUGGUUUUUCCAGAGCAUACACAGCGUGGCAUUUUGUUUUGACCUGUUUUUCUUUGGAGUCAAAUUUAUAAAUAUAUAUAUAUUUUGUUUGUUUGGGCAACCAAGAUCUAAUUAAACAAAACCCAGGUUGACCGUG